AUGUCAGCGCACCUCGAAACCCGGCCCCUGGGCAAAGACGGCCCCUCCGUGCCCCGCCUGGGCUUCGGCACGAUGGGCCUGAGUGCCUUCUACGGGCCCCCCAAGCCCGACUCCGAGCGCCUCGCCCUACUCGACAAAGCGUACGAACUAGGCGAGACAUUCUGGGACUCCGCGGCCCUCUACGGCGACAGCGAAACCCUGCUGGGCACCUGGCUCCGCGCCAACCCCAGCAAACGCCCGCACCUGUUCCUAGCCACGAAAUUCGGCGCCGAGUUCGUUGACGGCAAAAUGAUCAUCGACAGCUCGCGCAGCCGAUGCCUCUUCUCCUGCGAGCGCAGCCUCCAACGCCUGGGCGUCCCGACCAUCGACCUACUCUACGCGCACCGCCUCGACCCCACCGUCCCCAUCGAGGAGACCGUCCAAGCGAUGGCCGAUCUGCGAUCGACCGGCAAGAUCCGAUACCUCGGGCUGAGCGAGGUCAGCGCGGCGACGCUGCGCCGCGCCCACCGCGUCCACCCCAUCGCCGCCGUGCAGGUCGAGUACUCGCCCUUCUCGCUGGAGAUCGAGUCCCCGCAGACGGACUUGCUGCGCACGGCGCGCGAGCUGGGCGUCGCCGUUGUGGCGUACUCGCCGCUCUCGCGCGGGAUCCUGACGGGGCGGGUCCGGUCGCGGGCGGACUUCCCCGCGGGGGAUAUACGGUUGAUCAUGCCGCGGUAUAGUGAGGAGAACUUUGGGAGGAAUCUGGCGUUGGUGGAGCGCUUGAGGGGGUUUGCUGACGAAAAAGGGUGCACGGUUGGGCAGCUGGUGUUGGCGUGGUUGUUGGCGCAGGGGGAGGAUAUCUUUCCGAUUCCGGGAACCACAAGGCCGGAGGCGUUGGUGGAGAAUGUGGGCGCGUUGGGGGUGAGGUUGGAGGUGGAGGAGGUCGCGAGGAUCAGGGCGGUGGUGGAUGAGGUUGAGGUGCUCGGGGGGAGGUAUGGGGAGGAAACGUUGAAGACGUGUUUUGUGGAUACGGUGCCGUUGGAGUAACUAACCUUCUGGUCCCAUGUAUAUAGGUAGACGCUUGAAGCAUUAGUACUGUCAGUCACCUUUGCUGGAGAUGCUCCUGGUAGCAGAUUGUAACUUCUCGAUAGGAUGAAGUUGUGGGACAUUGUGACGGUAGCUAGCAGUUAACAAUGGCACAGGCUCUGUCGCUGUACGCGCUGAGAAAGCGAUAGGUGUAUCGUAUACAGUGAGAGUGUGAUGCAGCUGCCUGAGUCCAGUCCUGACUGACGACUGAUCCUAAGAAGGCACCAACUCCCUAUUUGGCAACCCUCACGCCCACCCCCCGCUCUUCCAUCUCGGAGGAUCACUACAGUAUUUCUUCCGGAAAAUGGAUUUAGCAUUUCC